AUCGCUCCAGUGGGCUUUCCGGUAGCCGGAAAUAGCAACAGAGUGAGUACUCUUACUUUUUCUACAGUACCAAAACUUGAUCGUUUGGGAUUUCACUUUAGGCUAAAAAUGAGCAACGCCGAGGAGCCUAAAGUGACCACAGAACCGCACAUAGUAAAUGAAGAGCUUAUAGCAGCAGGGAAAUGGGUAAAAUUAGAGAAGACAACAUAUGUUGACCCUGCUGGAAACACAAGAACCUGGGAAACUGUAAAACGGACCACAAGGCGAACCAACACCGCAGCAGAUGGUGUUGGAAUCAUCGCCCUGCUGAAACGAACUCUCCACAAAGACUGCGUGGUGAUGGUGAAGCAGUUUCGCCCUCCAAUGGGAUGCCACACCCUGGAGUUUCCUGCAGGGUUGAUUGAUGAGGGGGAGACCCCGGAGGUAGCUGCUCUGAGGGAGCUGAAGGAGGAAACUGGUUACAAAGGAGAAGUAGUUGGAGUCACUCCAGUGACCUGUCUGGACCCUGGUCUGUCUAACUGCACCACUCAGAUAGUCCUAGUUAACAUCAAUGGAGAUGAAAUGGAGAAUAUCAACCCAACACAACAGCUGGGUGAUGGAGAGUUUGUUGAAGUCAUUCUUUUACCCCUCGAUGAAUUCCAGAUGAAAAUAGAUGAGCUGUUGAAGAAAGAAAAAAUCAUAGUAGAUUCAAAGGUGUACAUCUUUGCAAUGGGAAUGGUUCAGGCUUUCUUCAAGCCAAGGGAGCUCCCCGUCCUCAAGCAGUGAAGAGAAGAAUUCAGGCUGAGGAUGAAAGAAAGAAAUAGUUUUGUUACAUAGGGCUCCUGCGCAGGACUGGAAAAUAUAUCAAUGUACUGAAAAGGAAAUGAAUUUCACUAUUGAAUUAAACAGAUGUAAAAGAAGUCAAGUAAAAAGUAAAAGAAGACUGGAAGAAUAACAAAGGGUGGGACCACGAAAUCUUUUGAUCAAAUCAAGAUGUAAAGGUUGUAGAACAGCCUGAGUUAGAACCUGAACCUAUGAAGGAGCCCUAAUCAUAUGACGAGUACUGGAUCACUCUUUGCUCUCAGUGUGAAGAUACUACCUUAUACGAUACAGCCUAAUGCACAUUCAGCGUAAACACAAACGUAAAUAAAUAUACACCUGAGACAGCUGGAUAUUUCACAUCACAACCAGCUAAACUGAUAAUUAUGUCCAAGUACCACAAUAACACACAAUACAAUUUACAGCAAUGUGGGCCAAAUUCUCUUUUAUGUUUGCAUGAAGGACACAGAAUAUUUUUUCAGGCUUCAAUCUUGUGUGUUUAGAAGCGACAAACUCAUUUUCUGGUAUUUCAUGAUGGGCUGCACUUUGUUGGUAUAUUUAUGAUGAAAUUAUUGUAAAACAUUCCUUAACAUGUGCAGACGUACUGUUGUACUGGAAAAAGAACUCCUCAACCAACAUGACUGACAUGUGCAACACAUGAAAAUAUGUAGCUGAUUUUAAAACAUGAACAGCUAGUGUGAUUUACAGUUGUUUUCUAUUUUUUCCACCAAAGCUGAAUCAUUAGGCAAGUGCUCACUAUAUUGGAUUUCUCAUAAGAGCAUGUUUGGAACUGGAAGAAUGCAGUUAUAGUAGCGGUACUUAAAGAUGGGUGCUACACUAGAAUAAUUAACAAAAGUGUUUUGUGUCUUAACAGUCAAUGAAGUAAUUUUAACCAUAGGAAAUGUCAUAUUUAAUCUACAAAAGAUACUGUAAUGAUUUACAUUGAUGCAUAGAAAAUGUCCAAUGCUCCCUGUGCAAACAGGUAAUGAUGUACUUAACUGAUACUGAAACUGUACUAACUAGCAACUCAAAAUGACCAGUGAAUAAAUAACUUGUCUUUGUACUUACCUGAA